GAUGGGGAGGGGGUUGCAGGGGGGGUACGGAGGACAGCCUGACGGAGUCAAGGGGUCCUUGACAGAUGCGGGAUCUCGGCGGGUCCAGCACGGCCCCCUCUUUUCUAUGCUGCUUCCUCAUCUUCCCCGCCGGAGACGGGGGGAGCCCUCCGGAGCGGUGCGGAGGCAGGCAGGCCCCGCCCGCCGCCGCCGCGGCAGCCGCCGGAGGAUUCCUGUCCUAAUAUGGAGCUGGGAUUCCCCCGGCCCCGCCCCCGCCCCCGGCCCGCCGGGAGACCGAGGCUUGCACUCGGGCGGGGGGAACCGCUCGCUUUGGGGCUGGCAACGGGGUGGGGGAAGGGAUAUCUAGAUGCAGACCCAGAUCCUCACCGUGCCCUGGGACCCUGCCUCAGUUUCCCCCGUUAGUGGCUGCAGUUAAUUAGUUGACAGGGGAACACAGAAUCACUGCAGACUCCAGCGUUGGUGUUGGUGUUCCUAUUCUUGGCUGUGGGAAAAUGGAACCAAGGCCAAAUUCAGCUGGUCCUUCUCUCUCAGGAACCCCUUUCCACCCCACCCUAGAGACUUAGACUUCCAUAUAAUGCCCCUUGCUAAAUGCCAAGCCCCUGUUUGGAAAGCUGGGGGGGGGGGGCGGGGGAGGGGGAGGAGAUUUGUUCUUUGAAAGUGACUAAGGGAAUCCCAGAUUGAGUAAUCCCUAGAGAGAAACCCCAGCUGCGACCUCUCCCUCAGAGGCCAAGGAGGGUCCUUCUCUUCCUCCCCAUGUGAACAUGACCUUUGCCUGGCAAAUAGCAAGGAAGAAUUUGUAGACUACCCUCCCCCUCCCCCAUUUCCUUAUCUCCUUAGAAAAAUCCCUGUUGGAACCAACCCCUCCCUCCUCUCUACAGACUCUCCUGCCAGGGGCUUCAGACCGCCUUAACCCUUGCCCUGUCCCUUCCCUCAGCUGAACACAUUCGGACCCCUGGGUCCCUGCACCCUCUUUCAGGCCUUCCUAAUGCAGCGCCCGUUUCUCGGUUCAGCUGCCGCCAGCCGCGGCCCCCUCCGCAGCCUCAGUUCUCCCCCUCCCCCCGUCCCCCCUCCCGCUCUCAUUCUACGUCAUGGGAUGACGUCGGGAGCCCGGGAGGGAGGAGGAGCGCUCCCCCCUCCCCAGCCAGUGGCUCCCGCUGCAGCUUGCUUAGCCCAGCCUCCUGCUUUCCCGCCCCCCCCUUUCUGUAAAGCGAGCCCCCCACGCCUAGCAGGAGCUAUAUAAGGCGGAACGAGGCAGUCGAGGGGGGCAGCGCAGCCGAGCGGAGCCCAGGAGAGGAGAGACAGAGAGAGAGAGAGAGAGCCUGAGCGAGAGACGGGGAAGCAAGGAGGAAGAAGCCACCGGUGCGUCGGGACGGGAACGCAGGUGUUCGGAGCACCCGAGCUGGAGCCCUGCAGCCGCUAGUCAUGUACCGCUCCACCAAGGGCGCCUCCAAGGCGCGCCGCGACCAGAUCAACGCUGAGAUCCGGAACCUCAAGGAGCUCCUGCCUCUAGCUGAAGCGGACAAGGUCCGGCUCUCCUACCUGCACAUUAUGAGUCUUGCUUGCAUCUACACUCGCAAGGGCGUCUUCUUCGCUGGAGGCACUCCUCUGGCGGGACCCACAGGGCUUCUCUCAUCUCAAGAGCUUGAAGACAUAGUGGCGGCACUACCUGGAUUUCUACUUGUGUUCACAGCUGAGGGGAAGCUGCUAUAUCUGUCUGAGAGUGUGAGCGAACAUCUGGGCCACUCCAUGGUGGACCUCGUUGCCCAGGGUGACAGUAUCUACGACAUCAUUGACCCAGCUGACCACCUAACUGUGCGCCAGCAACUCACCCUGCCCUCUGCCCUGGACACCGAUCGCCUCUUCCGCUGCCGUUUCAACACUUCCAAGUCUCUCAGGCGCCAGAGUGCAGGCAACAAACUGGUGCUUAUUCGAGGCCGAUUCCAUGCUCAUCCACCUGGAGCCUACUGGGCAGGAAACCCUGUUUUCACGGCUUUCUGUGCUCCACUGGAGCCAAGACCUCGCCCUGGCCCUGGCCCUGGCCCUGCCUCACUCUUCCUGGCCAUGUUCCAGAGCCGUCAUGCUAAGGACCUGGCCCUACUGGACAUCUCUGAGAGUGUCCUAAUCUACCUGGGCUUUGAGCGCAGUGAACUGCUCUGUAAAUCAUGGUAUGGACUGCUGCACCCCGAGGACCUGGCCCACGCUUCUGCUCAACACUACCGCCUGUUGGCUGAGAGUGGAGAUAUUCAGGCAGAGAUGGUGGUGAGACUGCAGGCCAAGCCUGGAGGCUGGGCAUGGAUUUAUUGCCUGUUAUACUCAGAAGGUCCAGAGGGCCCCAUUACUGCUAAUAACUACCCAAUCAGUGACACAGAAGCCUGGAGCCUCCGCCAGCAGCUGAACUCUGAAAACACCCAGGCAGCCUAUGUUCUGGGCACCCCAGCCAUGCUGCCCUCAUUCCCAGAGAACAUCCUCUCUCAAGAGCAGUGUUCCAGCCCCAACCCACUCUUCCCCCCAGCCUUGGGAGCUCCCAGAAGCACCAAUUUCCCUAGUGCUCCAGACCUGGGUGCUGCCUCAACAUCAGAAGAGCUUCCUCAAUCCCAAAAAGAGUUGGGCUUUAGUUACCUGGCAUUCCCGUCUGGCCCUGAGCCUUCUCUUCAAGCAGACCUGAGCAAGGAUCUUGUGUGCACUCCACCCUACACACCCCACCAGCCAGGAGGCUGUGCCUUCCUCUUCAGCCUCCACGAGCCCUUCCAGACCCACUUGUCCACUCCAUCCAGCUCUCUCCAAGAACAGCUGACUCCAAGCACUGCCACCUUCUCUGAUCAACUGACUCCAAGCAGUGCAACCUUCCCAGAUCCACUGAUGAGCCCACUUCAAGGCCAGAUGACCGAAAGCUCAGCCAGAAGCUAUGAAGAUCAAUUGACUCCCUGCACCUCUGCCUUCCCAGACCAGCUGCUUCCCAGCACUGCCACCUUCCCAGAGGCUCUGGGCAGUCCUGCCCAUGAACAACUGACUCCUCCCAGCACAGCAUUCCAAGCACACCUCAACAGCCCCAGCCAAACCUUCCCAGAACAACUGAGCCCCAAUCCCACCAAGACUUACUUCACCCAGGAGGGAUGCAGUUUUCUCUAUGAGAAGUUGCCCCCAAGUCCUAGCAGCCCUGGUAAUGGGGACUGCACGCUCCUGGCCCUAGCCCAGCUGCGGGGCCCCCUCUCUGUGGAUGUCCCUCUGGUACCCGAAGGCCUGCUUACACCUGAGGCCUCUCCAGUCAAGCAGAGUUUCUUCCACUACUCUGAGAAGGAGCAGAAUGAGAUAGACCGCCUCAUCCAGCAGAUCAGCCAGUUGGCUCAGGGCAUGGACAGGCCCUUCUCAGCUGAGGCUGGCACGGGCGGGCUAGAGCCACUUGGAGGUCUGGAGCCCCUAGACUCCAAACUGUCCCUGCCGGGGGCUGGUCCCCCUGUGCUCAGCCUGGACCUGAAACCCUGGAAAUGCCAGGAGCUGGAUUUCCUGGCUGACCCUGAUAACAUAUUCCUGGAAGAGACGCCCGUGGAAGACAUAUUCAUGGAUCUCUCUACCCCAGACCCCAAUGGGGAAUGGAGUUCAGGGGAUCCUGAGGCAGCGGUCCCAGGAGGGGCCUCAUCGCCUUGCAACAACCUGUCCCCAGAAGACCACAGCUUCCUGGAGGACCUGGCCACAUAUGAAACCGCCUUUGAGACAGGUGUCUCAGCAUUCCCCUACGAUGGGUUUACUGAUGAGUUGCAUCAACUCCAGAGCCAAGUUCAAGACAGCUUCCAUGAAGGUAAGUCCAACCAAAAUGUUGAGAAAUUCAAGUCCCUGUUCUGCCAAUGAGAUGCUGGUGGAAUUAGAUGAGUAAACUCCCCUUUCUGUGCCUGAAUUUUAUUAAUAGGAUAACAACACCUGCUGCCCAGGGUAGCAGUGAGGAUACGAACUAGUGAAAAACUUAGCAUAGUUAUUCUGGGCAAGUGGGCCUAGAGGGCAGGGGUCAGGGGUGCAGUAUAAAAUGCAAGAGAAUCCUUGGUAAUAGCUUGUGCUUCUUAAUUCUGUGAGGGACCUAGAUCAGCUAUCACCACCCAUAUUACAGAUGAAGAAAACCAAGGUCCCAGAGUUAAAGAAACUUGCCUAAGGUCACAUGACAAAUUGAUGGAUGAGGGAUUAGAGUUCUAUCUCAGUAUUCUUACUCCUUAAAGAGAAUACAGAGCAAGAGUUUGUAGAAGUUUGGGAAAGGCAGAAAGUGAAAAUUAGCCCCUGGCCCAUUGGGGGCUCCUUGCUCAUGGCUCCAUCCUUUCCAAAACUACAGUUGUAGUUUCAUUCCAUCCACCCAAAUUGCUCCCUUAUCUUGCCGAGCCUCUGGUGAUCACUCAGUCAUUGGACCAACAUAUUUGAAGCCCAUACUAUGUGUCAACAGUACACCACAUCUUCAAUCUAUCUUUCCUAAUGGACU